CCAGAGCCAACCCGGGACGACAUCGCAGCGCACUAAUCCCCCACACCGCGCGAAUCUAAAACUAAAGCACUGCUCAGGCUUUGGCGAAGUAAACCGAUCGCUGCCCAGCCAGACGCACUCUGACGCAGCGCUUGCAUCCUUCCAAGCCCUCCCAGCCCGGCACCGCCAUCGCGCGCGUUCCCCCCCUCUGACGUGGUCGAUUGCCAGCAGAGCAACCCACCCGAGCUUUUUUUGUUUAUAGUGUCGUGUCGAGAUUCACGCCAGCAGCUAAAAAGAUGUCGUCGGCCUCCCCCCCCAAGGAACCUGAGGUGGAACCCGAGACUCAGUCAGGCGAUGACCCCGACCAGAUGGACCGAGACAAUCAAGAUCCCAGUGGACAGGGCCAGGGCGAAUUUGAAGUAAAGGAGCAGGACCGAUGGCUCCCAAUUGCAAAUGGUUCGUUUCAUCACUCGUUUCUUUUGCGCCUUUUGUGUGUUCCUGCGUCUCCCAGUGCUGCUCGUGCUGUCGCCCGAUUCGCGCGCGCGCCUGCGUGUUCCUGCUGCGCGCAGGUGGCUCUUCCUAGUCAAUCACACUGCGCCUGCUCUUCUCCCCACUUCCCUGUCGUUGGUCCAUCGGCUUGCAGUGUGGCCCGUAUCAUGAAAACCGCCCUGCCCGAGAACGCCAAAAUCGCGAAAGAGGCCAAGGAGUGCAUGCAAGAAUGUGUCAGCGAAUUCAUCUCGUUCAUCACCAGCGAAGCCUCCGAGAAAUGCCAACAGGAAAAGCGAAAGACAGUCAAUGGUGAGGACAUCCUAUUUGCCAUGACGUCGUUGGGAUUUGAAAAUUACGCAGAAGCCUUGAAGAUUUACCUCUCCAAGUACCGUGAGACACAGUCUGCUCGCGGGGAAAACCAGAACCGACCGACAAGCAGCGGCUAUGGAGCCGGCGGGCCUGUGGGCGGCUCGAGCAGCGCACCAGCUGCUCGAGGCGCGUCCGCCACUGCAGGCGGAUUCCCCGGUGCCUCUGACAACCCAAACAGCAUUCUUCCAGGUAACCUCGAGGAACAAGACAGCCAGAACUACGGCUAUGGAUCGAUCGGUCACAACGGCGCGGGCGCGGAGUUCCACUAGUCUGGCAUAAUAUCAUUAUCAUUGCAGCUGCUCGUACUUUGUACUACUUUUGGGUUCUCG